AUGCCGUCCGCACGUCCCUUGGGCGAGGUGAUCGACGACCUUGGGGUUGGAUCAUACCAAGUCCUGGUGGUGAUGUUUUGCUCUGGGCUAAUGCUGGCAGAUGGGGCCAUGAUGCUGAUGAUCUCCUCUAUUGUGGGAGCUUUGGAUCAAGAGUUCCAAGCGGGUGAAAUCACCAGAGGAGUCCUUGUGUCGAUGUCUUUUGGCGGGAUGCUGGUGGGUAACUUGAUGAGUGGACCGCUGAGCAGCAGGCAUGGGCGCUGGUGGGUAUGCAUGGCUUCCACACUUUUGCUGAGCUUCUUUGGGCUGGUUUGUUCGAUAGUGAAGACCUUCCCUCAGCUCUUUGUGGUGCAGAUCUGCCUGGGCCUGGCCAUCGGCGUGGGAGGCCCGGCCUCGGUGACCUUUCUGACGGAGGUGACGCCCACCAAGCAGCGGGGGGUCAUCAGCAACAGCACGGGCUUCGCCUUCAUGCUUGGUGAAGUCUGGACGGCUGCUGGACUGCUUCUCUUCAUGCCGGACAUGAAGGGACCUUGGAGAUUGCUUUGCAUUUGGGGCGUCUUGCCCGCACUGCUGGUCACUCCAAUUGGUUUGCUCAUCCACGAAUCCCCAAGCUGGCUGCAGCUACGACAACGCCAACAAGAGCUACGGAGUGUGUUGGUGAAGAUCCAGUACCUUCACAGGAAGUCCGAGGUCAGUAUUCUCGUUCAGCCCUCAUCCUUUUCCGCAAUCUCAUCCUGCGGUGCUUUCAAAAGCUUGAUGCAUUUUCAGCACUACAGGACUGUCACCCUCUCCAGUUCUCUUGCCUUCAUCACAAACUACCUCUUCUACGGCACGACUUUUGCAUUCACGCAGAUAUUUGCAGAGGUAGAUGGCGAUUGGACUUCACCAGCCAUGGAAAUGCUGAUCAUCGCCAUGGCCGAGUUUGCUGGACUCAUGUUAGCCUGGCUCCUUUUGUUGCAUCCUACCAUGGGUCGGAUUGGCAUGUUGCGGCUCUUCAACUGCCUGAGUUUCCUCUUCAGCGCUGCCUUGGUUUCGGUGCUUCUGCGAAACUUUUUGGUGGCAGAUCCUGCUGCUUAUGGCCUCAAGGCAGUGGUCAGUGGAAUGUUCACCAUUGUCUACCUCUACAUUAGUGAAGCCUUGCCAGUGGAGAUUCGAGCAGUUGGUGUGGGCUUCUGCAUGAGCGUGGGUCGUUGUGGUGCUGUGGCGGCACCAGCGGUUUUCAGUAUCGGUCAGCAUGUCAUGGGCAGCGCUUCUCCCUUCAUCACAAGUAUGAUGGUCUUGUCAGCACUAGGCUUUCUGGCAGCGAGUCACUUGGUGGUUGAGACCCGAGACAAGCCGCUGGACACGCCCUGCUUGGAGAUGUCCAUUCGAUCAGGACAGGGGACCCGCUGUGCCCCUGUGCGCGGCAGAGCCCUUUCAGUUGAUGCUUGA